UGCCACAUCCCCGACUGUAACCGCACCUUCAGCCGGCCCUACAACCUCAAGUCCCACGGCCUGACCCACGAUGCGCACCGACCCCACGCCUGCGGAAAGUGCUCCAAGACCUUUGCGCGUAUCCACGACCGCGAUCGCCACAUGAACAGCCAUAUGCCUCAGAAGCCUCAUGUGUGCAUUGUUUGCCUGGGUCGUUUUGCAAGACAGGAUGCAGUGAUCCGUCAC